UAUAUAAUAUUUCAGCACAAAUUCUGUUUUGUAACAACAAAUUCAAACAAACACAUCUUUUGUAGAAGGAGGUGUUUAUUGGCUAUAACCAUAUAUUGGCCAUUUUGAAUCAUUUGGCAAACCGCACCUUUUCAAGGUGCCUAAGGUUUUGCCAAAAUUUCUCUUCAUAAUUUCUGUAUGAAUGCAUGCAUUUUGAGGGAUUAAUUUCAACCUUAAUUAUUUGAUUCAAGAUUCCUUUCAACUCAACCUAACCUAGCUUCAAUUCACAGAUCCAUAUACAUAGUAAGAGAGAAGGCAAAAUGAAAGAAGAAUGUGGGAAAAAGUGGAAAGUGUGUGUAGCUGCAACAAUUGGAAUUGUGAUCUUAAUCAUAUUGACAGUAGUGAUCUUAGCAUUCACAGUGUUCAAACCAAAACAAGUCGUUAGCACGGUGGAUUCGGUCGAGGUUCACGACAUGGACAUGGGUUUCAGUGUGCUUACCAUGAGUGUAAAUAUGAAUGUGACAUUGGAUGUUAGUGUUUCAGUGAAAAAUCCAAAUGUGUAUGGAUUAAAAUACUAUGAUGGAUCGGCGCAAAUAAAUUAUAGAGGCCAACUAAUCGGCGAAGCACCUAUCCCUAACGGAGAGAUAUCGGGGGGACAAACCAAAGUAGUGAAUAUGACACUCACUCUUAUGGCAGACCGCGUGUUAACUAAUACACGGAUUUUAUCAGACGUUAGUUUGAAUACUAUGCCACUCAACGCAUUCAUGAGAGUUUCGGGCGAAGUGAAUGUAUUAGGCCUUAUCAAAAUUCAUGCAAAAUCUAUAUCAUCUUGUAAUUUCAACCUACAUAUUUCUGACAAAAAAAUUGUGAACUAUGUAUGUAAAAAAUAUAAGAGAGAAGCUUGAUUUGUUUUUUUUUUAAGUGUUGGAUUUCUGUUAGGAUGGAGAAGGAAGAGUAAAAGAAAAGGAAAGACA